GCCAGACAGCCAUUACCGGAUACUUGCGGAGCAGACGAAGUGCACUCUGGUUUUGGUCUUAAUUUAACUCCAUUUUGGCCCAUCGAAUGAUUGUCAGUGAAACUUAUUUACACAAAGGUACUCUUUUAUGACAUACGCAGUGCACAAUUCAGCCAGCCUGGUUUGGGUUUGCUCUGUGAGUGAGUACUUCGCCGUUGCCAGCUCAACUUAAAUCAAGGCCCCUCUGUUUUGAAGGUGUGACUGUUGAUGUCAAGGCACAUCAUCAGCAAUGGACCUGCCCAUGGAUCAAGGCAUGGAGCUGGGGGUUAGUAAUGACAAGUAUAACACGCUGGCUAACUUCAGCGUUGAGAAGAAGAUAGGCAAGGGUCAGUUCAGUGAGGUCUACAAGGCUAAAUGUCUGGUGGAUAACAGCAUCGUCGCCCUCAAGAAAGUCCAGAUCUUUGAGAUGAUGGAUGCCAAGGCCAGACAAGACUGUAUCAAGGAGAUAGAUCUACUCAAACAAUUAAACCACCCCAAUGUCAUCAUGUACCAAGCGUCUUUCAUUGAGAACAAUGAGCUGAACAUUGUACUAGAGCUAGCUGAUGCUGGAGACCUAUCCAAGAUGAUUAAGCAUUUCAAGAAACAGAAGCGUUUGAUCCCAGAGAGAACUAUAUGGAAGUAUUUUGUACAGCUAUGCAGUGCACUGGCACACAUGCAUUCACGUAGAGUCAUGCACAGAGAUAUCAAACCAGCCAAUGUGUUCAUCACAGCCACGGGUGUGGUCAAGCUGGGUGACCUCGGUCUAGGCCGGUUCUUCAGCUCAAAGACAACCGCUGCCCAUUCUCUGGUGGGGACACCGUACUACAUGUCACCAGAACGCAUUCAUGAAACCGGGUAUAACUUCAAAUCAGAUAUCUGGUCAAUAGGCUGCUUGCUCUACGAGAUGGCCGCUUUGCAAUCACCUUUCUAUGGGGACAAGAUGAACUUAUACUCUCUGUGCAAGAAAAUCGAGCAGUGCGAUUAUCCCCCACUUCCAUCCGAUAUCUACUCACACGAGAUGGCCGCCCUCGACUCGCCGUUCUAUAGCGAGGGUCUGGAUUUGUGGACGUUAUGCGAGAAGAUUGACAAAUGUGAAUAUCCUUCCUUGCCUUCCUAUUUCUCCAACCGUCUGCGGACUCUUGUACAAGUCUGCAUCCAGCCCAACCCUGACCACCGACCAGACAUUGACUACGUCCACUCUAAGGCCCAAGAAAACCAUGCAGCUUCACUUGGUGUAUGAUGAUCAAGUCAUCAGUGCACUGUACAUUGCAGGUUGGUACUUGAGAUUUGCAAUAGGACGCUUUACGUGUACAGUAGAACUUCACUAUAACAAAUUUACAAAACAUUGUUUGGUAUAGUGAUCGUUUGUUAUGGUGAUUUUUAACUGCCAAUGCUCUGUAUAGUUGUAUGUACAUUUGAGAGCCAAAGUUGUGUUCAUGAUAGCCAGUAUAACGGUGUUUGUCAUUGUGGUGUUCUACUGUAUACAACACCAAUUCACUGCAAGAUUUUCCCGAUUCCUUGUCUGGACAAGUGUUAGUUCUUUGUUUGAAAUGAUUUGUUUUAUACAACCAGAUAUCUGUAGUGCAUAGUCACACAGAGGGUGAAAUAACAACCGAGCGAUGGGCAUUUUCUGACUUUGUAGUACAUCGUCAGAACAAAGGACAUGUAAUCAAAUUGGAGGUGUAUUCUGAGAUACUGAAGGAAUCUGACAAUUUGCAUACGAUGGCUAGCUGCAGAUGGACUACUGACUGGUAUAUUUUGUCACGUGUGUUAAACACAGCAAGCCUCAUCUCUGGUAUCUGUUCCAUUAUCUGUUAUGGUAGUGUAUUGUUGAUGAUAUGUGGCCAGAUUCACAGAUUGAGAAUUUGGUCUAUGGGCUCCAUGUAUGAACAGUAGAUGGGGCUUUUUGACCACUUUUAGUAGUUUGCGCAAACACUGAGCCAAGUGUGCACGGGUGAGUGCCAGUUGUACAAUCAAAUGUCCCUCCCAGUCUUUGUAACAAUUGAGGGGGUGCUUGUUCAUGGAGUCCAUACACAGUCACCUUCCGCUACCAAUUUGUCCAUUGAUUCAGAUACCAAUAGUGAAUCACACAGUGAAUCAAUCUAUUUGCAGUUUUGGUGGCACGUCCUGUUGUUGUGCAUGCAAGCCCAGACAAUCAUAUAAAACUAACCGACUAUAUAUUCCUCCUGUGCCAAGACCAAUGCAUUUACACCAUGUCUAUAGUGUACUUAAGUAUUACGCAUGCUGUUCUGGUGGUUGAAGGGGUAUUCUUUUUGUCUGGAUUUUUGAAGAAAAACUUUGUGUUAUUCCAUGCCUGUAUCUUAACUGAUAUAAACGAGGAACAAAUGCCGUUUACAAUUUUGUUCUAGUUGUUUUACAAAUGGGGAGUUUCAGUAGGGAUCCAAAUUUUAGAAGUGCAUUAUGAGAAUGAUGAGUUGUAUACAUAUCUUGUAAAUAUCAGUUGUAAAUAUUGUGUGGAGAUGAUGAUAUACGUGUAUGUAGAGAGCUAGCUUAUCACUAUGCACAGUCUGAGGUGUCAACAAGACAUGGAUUCGUUUGAGGAAUCGUGGGAGGGAACAAUGAGCAAUAUUAUAGUGGGACGAGUAAGCCUUCUGUAGAAACCAUGACUUUAGGCUUAUCAACAACUUUUGCCUACCACUGCUUCUCACUUAAAGAAUUUAGACUUCCCAAAAGCAUUACCUAAUGUAGCUUGCACCUUGAACAACCCCCACGCACACCCCGUUCGACCCCACUCUCUACAGAUCUCAUGGACACCACAGACUGCGCUACUCUUUAACCACUAAAGUUACUGUAAUAUCUUUACUCUCUCAAAUAAAAUCAUGUGGAUAAAUUUCAAGUUGCAGUUGCCUUUUCCUCAGAUAUAUACAAGCCCAUUUUAUGACAAAGAGCAUGAAGUUUUACUUCUCAUAUCCUCCAGAUUUGAGUAUAGUAGUACAGUAUGUAAUGUACAGUAUAUACAGUAAUGUACUCUAUGAGGAAUGAGCAUUUAUAAUGUACAUUUUUAACGAAUGAAAAGUCAGUAGCUCAUUGAAUACUUGAAUGAGUUCAGUAUACUCAAAUUGCUCGUUCAUAAUCCAUGCAAACUUGAAGGCCAAAAUGUGUUCUUUAAAAAAAUCUUUAUUCUACAUUCCUGUUCAUCACUUUUUUUUAUUUCGCUUUUCCAAGUAACAAAGGUCCAGCCACAGCGUUUCAUUAAUGCUUGGCUGUAAUUUUUGUUCUUCCCUUGUUGCUAGUUUUUCAUAUUCUCCGUAAUUUUUGCCUUUUCUCUACAGUCACAUAAUUGAUAUUUGCAUAUAUGCAUGUAGUGCCUUGAAUUAUUAAUGUAUGCACGAGGUGAAAAUCUCAAUCUUGAUUGUAGUCAUUUUCCGUAUGAAAACACUGGUUAUUUUUGUAAUGGUAAUUUUGUUUAAUUUAGAUACCAAAUGAUUUGGAAAAGUAUACUGUUCCAGUGUGAAAGGACGUGACCCAUGAGUAGUGCAAAGAUAAUUGCACGGGAGGUAUUGAUUCAUUGUAAGUAAAUUUGGCUUGUUUUGCAGUGGUGGGUAAAGUGUUUAAUGUGGAAUAAUGUGCACGUGUAGAGUAUUCCUUACCAUUUUAAUAUUUGUUCCUUGAAUUGGAAGUGUCAGGGAACUAGACCAAGUGGGAUAUCCGACAGUAUUACUGUAACAGGUAGAAGGGUGCCAUGUGCAAAGGAAUAUACAAUUGUUCCCUAUUAAGUAUAAGUAGAAGUUUGUCUAUUCAAUGUUUGGUUUUGCCCUUUACCAAUGCCAUGUCACAUGUGCUGUGUACACAGUGCUGUCUUAGGGCUUGCGAGAACAAGUUCACAAGUUUACUCGGGUGGGACUGGAACCCACCACCUCAGACAGCACCGAGUAUACAGUACUGCACUUACAAUGUUUCGUUGGUAAAGGGCAAAUCCCAAUAUUAAUUUAUACCUAAUUUCAUAAGUUCAGUUGGGUGAUGCAUUGUUUGCAAGUCACCCACCACUGAACAGUCGAGAAUUUCUUGAAAAUAAAUCACACAGAUAUAGGGGGUUUUUUUUGGGGGGGGGGGUUCCUGUUUUUAAUCCAUUAUUCAGAAUUAAACAUUAAAAUGUCAGAAAGUGCAUUCCAAGUUCCGCCAGUAGAUAUCUACUGAUAAUGAUUUAAAUACAAGUUUUGUUAUUCAGGUGUUUGAAAAGUAAAUAAUGAUGAAAAAUUGUCCAGAAAUUUGUAAAAUGCUUUUUUUUCUUUUUAACUAAAACAUGAGAAUUGCAACUAUUCUAAUGACACAAUUGUAGUCAUUACGAUAUAUCUGUCUUUAUUUAUGUUCUUUUAAUGGUUUGCCUAAAGUGUGGAAUAUUAUUGUGAUUAUAUUUAUUAUCAAAUAGCUGAGAAAUAAAAUAAUAAUAUUAAGAAAA